GUGCGCAAGGGGCAACUGUUGCUAAGGCCCCGUUACCCGGGUAACCGCUGACUGUUUACUCUGGUCUAGUGCGCAGAAGACUGCAGUGGGCUCAACUGCAGACAGGCCGAGUGAUUUCAGUCUCUGUCAAGUCCGUCGGUUUGCUGCUUGUCUGCAGAUGGACUACAAGGUUGAGCACACAUGGCGGAAAGAGAGUGGACUGAGUAGGUUUUUCAUGAAGUCAGACGGUGCACGUGUGUGACACUGGAGUGGCAGGUCUACUCUCCUCCCCUGGUGGAACAUUUCUAGCCAUCACUAACAAGCUGCUCAUGUCGUCUGAGUCCUGGGUGGAGUCGUGCACUGAGGGCCGGAGAGACAUGGGGCUGGAGAAGAAACAAGAUGGAGUGCAGACAGAGGAAGUGGAGGUUCCCUGCCAGGACGACCAGCUUGCAGAGCCGGCAAACCUGAGGCAAGAGGUAUGUUCGUCAGUUGAGCACAGUGGAACGCAGGAAGUGACAUCAGCGGGUGGACUGGAGCAGGUCCAGAGGGAGGAGAGGCAGAGAAAGAAGUUUUCCCACAUGAGCGUCAACCGGGAGGGCCGAGCUCGAGGGUCAGGUGCUGGCUCAGUGCAGCGAUGUCUCCGUAGGUCCUCUCCCAGGGGCUUGUCAAUUUGCUCCUAUCCAGACAAGGACAGAGAGCGGCAUCGAGAUGAGCCCCGGGGGCCUGGUCCUUUCUUCUUCUUAGGUGGAACCAAUGGGGCCGAAAUCGUGAGCAGUUACUUUGAGAGCAGAGGGUGGAAGAGGAUUUACAACAAGCACAGGGAGGAUUUCAAACUCAAGUGGUGUGAAACCAAAUCACCAGCCAACUACUGCAACUUUAGAGAAGGUGAACAGUUGCUCUACCAGAUUCCUAACAACAAGGUGCUCACCACUAAGAUCGGCCUCCUCAGCAGUCUGCGGGAAUAUGAGCGAGUCAGCAGCAAAGUCAGCCACGGUCAAGGACUGAGGAGGCUGAAGAUGGAGGAGUUCAUUCCCAUCACCUACCGCAUGGAUGUGAGGGAGGAGAGGGAAGCUUUCUUUGCCCAGCAGGAGGGUGAGAGGAACAACGAGAGUCGCAUGUGGAUCUGUAAACCGACGGGUCUGAACCAGGGCAGAGGGAUCUUUCUGCUGAAGAGCCAGGAGGACUUAGCCGCCCUCAGACUGAAGCUGCAGCACAUGGACGACAGUCAGGCCGACAGGAAGCUGCAUCACUGCCAGGCUCAGGCUCGCAUUGUCCAACAUUACAUCAAGAGUCCUCUCCUCCUAAAGGGGAAGAAGUUUGACGUUCGCUCUUACCUCCUGAUCGCCUGCACUGCACCUUACCUGGUCUUCUUUCGCCAUGGUUAUGUGCGACUGACCUGUGACCUCUACGACCCCAGCUCCAACAACCUCUCUGCCCACCUGACCAAUCAGUACAUGCAGAAGAAGAACCCCCUGUACAGCCAGCUGAAGGAGGACACCGUGUGGUCCAUGGAGAGCUUCAACGCCUACAUCAACGACUGCUUUGGGGUUGCCAAGGGUCUGCCCAGGGACUGGGUGCUGGGCAUCUUCGCAAAGCACAUGCAGCGGAUCAUGACUCAGUGUUUCUUUGCAGUCAAAUCCAAGUUAGACUGCCGUCUGGGUUUCUUUGACUUGAUUGGCUGCGACUUCAUGGUCGACGAGGACUUCAAGGUGUGGCUGUUGGAAAUGAAUUGUAAUCCAGCUCUGCACACAAACUGUGAGGUGCUGAGGGAGGUGAUACCCAGCGCAGUCGUGGAGAUGCUGGAUUUAACUCUGGAGAUCUUCAACAAGUGUCGUCUCAGGCAGAGAAUCCUUCCUUUGGCCAGCCAGAGAGAGUUUGUGCUUCUCUACAACGGAGUUUUUCCUCCUGAUUCAAGGCCGGCCUGCAACAAGAACGACACAAACAGUGAAACCCUCCAGAAAACCACCAACAAGACACAAAAGGCUGAACCCAGAAGGUGCAAGUCAGGAUUGGAGGGUAAAAAUGUCUCCGAGAGUGGUGCAGGACGGGGCAGUUCAAAGUCCGGCCAUCAUCCUACCUCCUCCUCAUCAUCAGCGCAGAGAGCUUCACAUCCACACAGCAGCAACUACAGCACACAGAGUGUCAGGAGUAAAACCCUGAAGCCUCAGCUCCAGCUCAAGCUCAGCAAAUGUACUCUGCAUCACCAUUUGAAGGCCACAGGUGACGUGAAGACGCAGGUCAUCAUGUCACCGUCAUCAUCAGAGCUAAUUGAAGGGGUCUCCGUCUGCGGCUCUCAGAAAACAACACAGUCUGCUCCUCUAUCUGGACUUCCUGAGUGUGUAAACAAAUGUGAAAGAGGAGAGGAACCCGGUGAAGAGAAGCUCGGAGAGGAUACAAAGAGUUUAGUGUUAGAAUGAAAAGAGGAAGUGUGAACAUAAAUGCAAAUAGCAGUGAUCCAAACAGCUAAAAACAAUUGACACCUCGCCCACAUGGUGCUUUUAUUUUCAGAGAAAUGCCAAGAAAUGCUUACUGUGACAAUAAAGAAACAAAUUUUGUCUUCAA